ACAAACUUUGAACUUGGCGCAAUCACCGUGGAUCCUGGCUCGACGGCGUAUAAUCCGCGACCACUAAUUGACUACUGUAGAUCUCUGAAUAUUGACUAUUUCUACGAAGAGCAAGACAUUAUCGGAGCAGCAAGAAAGCUUAACACUGUACGAUCGAUUUGUGCCUUCUGCAGUCGUAUGAAACGAGGUCGGCUAGCGGCAGCGGCUCAACUGCACGGAUGGAAUGUACUGGCAAUGGGCCAACAUCUAGAUGACGUUGCUGAA